AUGACUGCAGACAUCUCCAGUGAGCAUGAUAACAAAUCCGAGUUAUCCAGAGCCUGCUUGUUUUUCCAGGAAAGGAUUGUGAGAUGUUUGCUGCUGCUCUCUGUGCUCUGCCUGUCUGGCUGUGAAGGCAACAAGAGUGAGCUGGCCAGCACCCAUGGCCUGAGGCCAGGGGUUGCCCUCCGUGUCAAGAGGAGCCCAGAUGCCUGCCUGCCAAACCCGUGCCAGCACCAGGGCCAGUGCCAGGUGGCUGUGGACAGACCAGUUUGCAGCUGCAAGCCAGGCUUCACAGGGGAAUUCUGCCAAGAUGUGGUACUGAAGCUGGCUUGUGAGGAAGAGCGCAUGAAGAUGAUGGUGAGGAAGGAGGUGUUUGAGCUCUUGAAAAUCCCUCUGGAGCUUGUCCACUUGAAGAACCAGGCAUGCAAGGUCUCAGAGAGGGAAGAAGAGGGUGAGCUGUUUUUUGCAGCCAUUCUCACAGGUGAAAACCACACUGCCUGUGGAUCAGAAAUCCAGCAAAACAGCUCCCAUGUGUCGUACUCCAACGUCAUCGAGUCGGAGCAGGAGGCCAGCAGGGCCAUGAUCUCCCGCAGUUUUCAGCUGGAGGUGCACUUCUCCUGCAUCUACGCCUACGAGCAGGUUGUGAGGCUGCCCUUCGCUCUCACUGCUGUUGACAAGCUGGUACAGCUUGUGGUCAGAGAAGGGCACUUCAACGUCAGCAUGAGACUCUACAAGUCCCCCUCCUACCUCGAGCCUUAUCACCUGCCAAGUGUGGCUGUCCCCCUCACGGACACACUCUAUGUCCUGCUGAAGAUGGAAGGGCAGCACCAGCUCAAGUACUUCCUGCUGAGCGUUUUGGACUGCUGGGCCACGCCGAGCACGGAUCCGCACCAGGACACGCAGCACAAGCUCAUUGAGCAGGGGUGUCCCCAUGACGAGACAGUGACAUAUCUGAAUGCCAUUGGAGAGAGCACUACUGCCAAGUUCAGCUUCCAGAUGUUUCAGUUUGUUGGUUACCCUGAGGUGUUCCUGCACUGCCGUGUGCAGCUCUGUGUUCCUGGUAGCCCAGAGCCCUGUGCCAAGCAAUGCCCCAGGCACUGGAGGAGCAGGCGGGCACUGGCAGAUGACUACAACAGGAUUGUCUCCUACGGGCCCAUCCUCCUGCUGGCUGCUCCUUCCUCAGGAGCAGAGAUCCACCAUUCCAGCAGUGACCAGCAGGACCCAGUGGGACCCAGCCCAUGGCUCUCCAGGGCCCUCAUUCUGCUGUGUGUGCUCGCCGUGCUCACUGUGGCUGCUGCGGCCGUCAGCGUGGGGCGGCGAAUGGUUUAG